UAGUUACGGUGAUGUGAUCGUGCGGUUAGCAGAGUGAACGGAGAAGAUAAAACUUUAUCAUACACAGGCGAAGAUAGCAUUGGUGCAUCGAAACAACUCACGGAAGUUGUUGAAAUGAUUCGUUGGAUACUGCUAAUGGCGCUGCUAGCGUCACCAGGUCUGUCUCAGAAAGCCGAAAAGCGUCGUGCCUUCUAUCGAAGAACAACGACAACGACAGCGGCACCUGUCCAGAAAGAAAUAGAGAGCACGGAAAGCAAGCAAACGGAUAAAGGUGGGGAAGGCCUCUACACUGUAGGCGAUUCAUUCGCAAUCGGUGCGUCGAGCGGGGAUAAUGUUGGCAAAGGAAGUUCUUUUAAACCAAUUACCAGCAAUGGCGAUAAACUAACGUCGUUCUCGGAGUACAACUUUGGCGGUACUAAACUUUCCGACAGCUCAGACCCAGACUCAGACGAAGAUUACGGCUUAGCCCCCAGAAAUCACAAACCACAACUACCAAUUUCUCCAACCAACAGCUACAAACCGAGCGGAUCUUUUGACUUUUUCAACAAUGACUAUUCCAAACCUUCCCUGGACACCAAACCAAAAACUUCCAUUACCAGCAAAUUCUCCAUUUCCCAUCCAACUCCCACGAAAAAUACUUAUACGGGUAGGUUAGACCACUUGGACGAUUCGUCGGAGUAUGACUUGUAUUCAAAUUUGAAGAUCGGCCAUAACUACAAAUCCGCGCUUCAAAGCUAUACGGGGGGGAAAAGUUCACCAUUUUCGACCUUUUCAGGUUCACCUUUGAGUUUCGAAGCCAAGGUUAAAAAAUUACCUUCUAGCUACGAUGACUAUGGACUAUCCACGAUUACCACUAAGAACAAGAAGAACAAACUUUCACUUGACGACGACACGUUCGGAGGGACCGGAGGCUCGUAUGGCAUCAGUAACAAUUUCGGUGUCGGUAAGGUUGAAAAUUUCUUCUCCGGUGGUGGCAAAAAGAAGAACCCCUACGGGUUCGGCGAGCCACCGCUGGUGAAAUCUGCUGUAUCGACAUUGAAAAACUUUGGUGAAGGACUUUUAGGUAAACCCGAGAAAGCAUCUGCUUCCCUUUAUGACAUUGAUAGUAGCGAGAGUGGUUUUGGAAGUUCAAAAUUCAAACCGUACAAAGGCAGCAGCUUGACGAACAGUUACCAUCUAGACAGUAGUGACGAAUCGGACGAAACAUUCGUAAAGCAAAAGUUUCCAAAACUGCACUCAUCCUAUGGAUCCAUACCGCAGAAACCAAUCACAGAGUACGAGAGCGACUUCGAUGUGAAAAACAUCAAGCUGCCCGGCGCUCACAACAAGUUCCGACCCCACACGAAUACUAAAUCGAACCCAUACAAAUCCAAACUACACGCAUCAGACAUUGACAACCCUAACCCGCUUGAGUUCCGACCUAACUUUAAGUUGCAAGAUGUACCAAAUCUGUAUCCUGACGAACACAUAGGUGCCAGCAUCGCAGCCAAAGGUCAGAUCGAGAACUUUCUCAAUGCCGAGCAUGGAUUCAAAGCGACCACUCAUUUCCUGGAUGGGCAUCCGGGAAAAAAACCAACCUACCAACAGUUCCUGAAAAGCCAAGAGGACGAGAAGUUAGAAAAGGAGGCACUCAAAGCGCAGAUCGAAUACCUGAAGGCACAUGCAUCCAAACGCCCCUCGGAAAUUCGACAGCGUCCACCGGGUCCACCUGGUCCACCCUUCCCGCAGCACCCGGUCGGACCACAGCACGCGCACGGAGGUCGAGGACGACCGGUUCGGCGUAUCCCCGGUGCUCAUUUACCGCUCGGCGUGAAGGCGCCCCAUCCAGCGCCAAGGAUUCCACACUUCAACGACAGGCCGUAUAGUAUAAGCUUCAAGCUUUAAAGCGAACUAUCCUUAGUCAGCCGGACUAGAUCCAUAGUGCAAUUUGCCUUGUGUUUUAGUUUAGUAUAUCGUUAGUACCUACUCAAAACAACGUUAGGAUUAGGUUAUUUAUUUACCCUAGUGUCUAGGAUAAAAUUUGUUUUGCUGUGGACAGUAAAAUUCCGAACUCGAAAUUAA